UAGAGGAACCGCGAAGAUGGUAGUCCAUGGCUAUUGGGAAUUUCGUAGCGUCUUUCCUUUUUGUUGACUGUCCCAGGCAAUUCCGAAUGUCCCGCAACUGCUUAAACGCACGGGCUUGGUUGCGCGAUAUGCUUCGUCUGCAUUGCUGCAGUCCGUGUCCAUCUGUUUGAUUUUCUACGAGGUUCUGGUGUGUUAAUGGAUUUUCUGUGCUUCUAUCUUACUUAUUGAGUGGGGCCAGAGCCUUGUCGCCAUGCGGCGGACUGAUGGGCGCGCCAAUAAGGUGUCCAUGUCGGCCCAGCAGCGCCUCCUCCUCAGCAUCUGUGUGCGUGCCUACCGUGUCGCACUGCUGCGCGAGGUGCGCUUCGUGGCGCAACUGUCGCGUACCAGCCUCAUCACGCCGACCAUCGUGCGCGUUGCCAGCCAGCGCAUGCUGCUGCGCUACCAGAAGCGCUGGGACUGAGGUGCGCGAGUGCUAACGCUGGUGCCGGGCUGUGCUGCUCGCUGCUCGACGGCCGGCUUCUCUGGCGGCGCUUGCCGCGGAUGAGAAGUGUUUAAUAGACAAAUACACUGCCAGCGCGAGCAUGUCUUCUGAGUUUAGUGGCGACGCGGCGGCGGACGACGCCUCGCCGACCUGGCGGCGUCUGUGCGGCACGCCGGCCUUCCAGCCGCUGGACGACGCCGGCGCCUUCCUCUCGCCCUGCUGCCAGGCGCUGGCCGUCGACGUGCCCGUGUGCGCGCUGUACCUGGUGGCGGCUGCGCUCUGUCUGGACCGUGCGCUGCGGCUGCCGGAUGGCGUGGAGCGGCCGCCGGCGGCGCACCGCCUCCUCACCGCCCGGCUCUGGCUGUCGCUGCUGCUGGCAGCCAUCUCACUGGUGCGGCUCGCGGCGUUCGCAGCGCUGACCGAGCGCUGGUGGGCGGCCGCCGCGCUCUCGCCGCUUCUGCUGGCCGCCGCCUGGAUGGUGGCUGCGCUGGUCUCGGGCGCGGCACGCUCCCGGCUGCUGUGCGGCACGCGCGGUCCGCCGGCGCUGCUGGCGCCUGCCGCGCUGCUACUGGCGCUGGGCGCCGUCCACCUGGCCGGCAGCGUGCUGGCGUACCGACGCGUGGGUGGCGCGUUGCCGCUGGCGCAGCUCUGCUGCGACGCGACGUACCUUGCCGUGGGCCUGGCGCGGCUGCUGACGCUGCUGCCGGGUGGGCCGGCCGGUGCGAUCGAGGUUGAGCGCGAACCGCUGCUGGUGCGACCGUCCUCGCCGGCCGGGCGGCAGUUGGGCGCCGCCGAGCACGGCGCCUCCUGCUUCUCGCUGCUGACCUUCUGGUGGACGCAGCCGCUGAUGCGACGCGGCCGCCGCCGGCAGCUGCACACCAUCGCCGACCUGCACCAGCUGCCGCGCGCGCUCAGCACCGACCGCGUGGACGCCAAGUUCACGGCGUGCCUGCGACGGCGGGCGGCCGCGCUCCAGGCGCGCGUCGACGCCGACACACUGCUGGAGGCGCCGCCGCCGACCUCGCAGGUGUCUCUGCUGGGCGUGCUCAUGCGUUGUUUCGGCGUUGAGUACCUGCUGCUGGGAGUGCUGAAGUUCGUGGCCGACCUCUCCACAUUCGCCGGCCCACUGCUUCUUAACGCCAUCAUUGCGUUCAUCGAGGACGAGCACCAGCCCAUGUCCAGGGGUUACAGCUACGCCGCCAUGAUCUGCGCCGCCAACGUCAUCGGGGUACUCUGCACCACGCAGUACGACUACCGGUUGGCCAAGGUGGGCCUCAAGGUGCGCGCCGCCUUCAUCGCCACCAUCUACAGGAAGACCCUGGACGUGCCGCUCGCCCAGCUGGCCAAGAUGAGUUCGGGAGAGGUGAUGACAUACAUGAGCGUGGACACGGACCGUGUCGUCAACCUCUGCAGCAGUUUCCACGCGUUCUGGAGCCUCCCGUUUCAGUUCUGCGUCACCCUGUACCUGCUCUACUGGCAAAUUGGCGUCUCCUUUCUUUCGGGCCUGGCGUUCGCCGUGGCGCUGGUGCCCCUCAACAAGUGGAUCGCCAACAAAACGGGUGAGUACAGCGCCGGCAUGCUGGAGCAUAAGGACGACCGGGUGAAGCUGACCUCCGAGGUCCUCCAGGGCAUCCGCACCGUCAAGUUCAGCGGCUGGGAGAGCUUCUUCGCCGGCGUCAUCGGAGUGCGCCGUGCCGAGGAGGUGCGCUACCUGAAGAAGCAGAAAUAUCUAGACGCCUGGUGCGUCUUCUUCUGGGCCACCACGCCCGUGCUUAUGUGCCUGCUGACCUUUGGCACCUACGUGCUCCUGGGGAACCAGCUGACGGCCGCCACGGUGUUCACCACGAUCGCGCUGUUGAACAUGCUGAAGAGUCCGAUCAACGCCUACCCGUGGGCGCUGAACGGGCUGGUGGACUCGCUGGUUUCCAUCCGACGCGUGCAGCGGCUCCUGGCGCUGCCGGACCUGGACCCAGACCAGUACUACUGUCCACCGGACGAGUUGCCGGCGGACGCGGCCGACUGUGACAUCUCCAUCCGGCAGGGCUUCUUUCACUGGGGCGCGCCACCACCGCCGCCGCCGGGGUCGUCCGAGGCCGAGUCGCCCGCGUCCUCCAGCCUGGACGCCUCCAUGUCGGACUUGGUGUACGGCGGAAACCAGCGCUCGCAGAUCAAGCUCUGGGACGUCAGCGUCAACGUCCGUCGGGGUCAGGUGGUGGGCCUGAUGGGGCCUGUCGGCUGCGGCAAGUCGAGUCUGGUGUACGCCGUGCUCGGGGAGCUGAUCAAGGAGGACGGCCUCGUCCACCUCGCCGACAGACACAGAGGGGUGGGACUGGUGUCCCAGGAUCCGUGGCUGCAGCAAGGCACCGUGCGCGACAACAUACUGUUCGGCUCUGCCUACAACGUGGAGAAGUACAGGUCCGUGAUAGCCGCCUGCGCCCUCACCGCUGACCUGGACUCGCUGCCCGCGGGCGACCUGACCCAGGUGACGCAGAACGGCGCCAGUCUCAGCGGCGGGCAGCGCGUGCGCGUGGCGCUGGCGCGCGCCGUGUACCAGGACCUGCGCGUGUACAUCCUGGACGAUAUCUUCUCGUCGCUGGACCCGCGCGUGGCACGGCACGUGAUGAACGCGUGCGUGCGCCGCCUGCUGCGCGGCGCCAGCGUGCUGCUCUGCUGCCACCAGGCCAGCCUGCUGCGCCACGCCGACUGGCUGGUGGUCAUGGAGCGCGGCUGGGUCAGCAUGCAGGGCCCUCCAGCGGAGCUGCUGGCCGAGGCGCCCGACUCGCCGACAGACCCGAUGGUGGCCGGCUCAGACGACUCGGCGUCGCCCCCCGACUCGCCGGCCGAGUCGGAGGCGCUGGACACGGUGCUGGCCGAGGAGCGAGUGCUGGGCGCCGUGCGCUGGCCCGUGUACACCGCCUACUACCGCGCCGUCGGACGCUGUCUGGCGCCACUCAUCCUCGCCUCAGUGAUCUGCAUGCAGGCCAGCAGUAACGCCACCGACCUGUGGCUAGGCUACUUCGUGACGGGCUCGUCGGCGCCGGGUAACGUGACGCUGACGGUGCCGCUGCUGGGCGUGCGGCUGCAGGCGGGCCCGGUGGCGGCGCCGGCCGGCCACCAGCGCCGCUUCUUCCAGGUGUACGGCGGCAUCGCGGCGCUCAACGCCUCGCUGGCCCUGCUCAGGUCGUUCCUGUUUGCGUACGGCGGCGUGCGCGCCGCGCGCGUCGUGCACGACCACCUGCUGCAGGCCGUGCUCCAGGCCGACCUGUCGUUCUUCGCGUUCAACCCUGUGGGCCGUAUCGUGAACCGGUUUUCGUCGGACCUGUUCACCAUAGACAGCUCGCUGCCGUUCAUCCUGAACAUCCUGCUGGCCCAGAUGGCUGGCCUGACCGGGUUUACGGUCGUCACUGUGAUAAGUCUGCCAUGGAUCGGCCUGCUUUUGCUGCCGUUGGGUGUCGUGUACUAUUACAUUCAAAACUUCUACAGGUACACGUCCCGGGAGCUGAAGCGGCUCUCCACGCUGUCGCUGUCGCCCGUGUACGUGCACUUUGUGGAGACGCUGUCGGGCCUGGCCACAGUGCGAGCGCUGCGAGGACGCGACAGGAUGAUCCUGGAGAUGUCGGAUCGGCUGGAGCAGAACCAGAGGGCGCGCUUCGCCACACAGGCCUCGGUGGCCUGGCUCAAUUUCCGGCUGCAGAUGAUUGGCGUUGUCAUGGUGACGGGCGUGGCGCUGCUGGCCGUGUUCAAGCACCACGUGGGCGUGCAGGUGCACGCAGGUCUGGUGGGUUUGGCCAUCUCCUGCGCUCUCAGUGUGACCGGCUUCCUCAGCGGACUGGUGGGCUCCUUCACUGAGACCGAGAAGGAGAUGGUGAGCAUGGAGCGCGUGCACCACUACAUCACGGCCGGGGGCGAGGAGGAUGUGGCAGCGGCGGCAGCGGCGCUGAACACGCCGCCGGCCGACUGGCCGGAGCGCGGUCGCAUCACAUUCGUCGACGUCACACUGCGCUACAGGGGGUCGCUGCGGCCGGCGCUCUGCCACGUCUCGUUCACGGUCGAGCCGGGCCAAAGUCUGGGCGUGGUGGGUCGAACCGGCUCCGGCAAGUCCUCGCUGCUGGCCGCCCUGUUUAGGAUGCACCCGCUCUGCGACGGCGCCAUCUUGUUGGACGACCUGAACAUCACACACGUCAGCCUGCAGCGGCUCAGGCAAGGUCUCUCGGUGAUCCCGCAGCAGCCGUUCCUGUACAGCGGUAGCGUGCGGCAGAACCUGGACCCCAGCGGCCUCUGUUCGGACACGGUGCUCUGGGCCGCGCUCACAGAGUGCCACCUCAGGCCCGUGAUCGACUCGCUGGACAUGCAGCUGAGCGAGCAGGGCCGCCAGCUGUCGCAGGGGCAGCGUCAGCUGCUGUGUCUAGCGCGCGCCCUGCUGCGUCAGUCGCAGGUGGUCUGCCUGGACGAGGCCACGGCCAGCCUGGACCCGGACACGGACCGGCUGAUACAGGCGACGGUGCAGGACAGCUUCCGGACGAAGACGGUGAUCAGCAUUGGACACCGGGUGUCGGCUGUGCGGUGGUGUGACCAGGUGCUGGUGAUGGCUGACGGAGAGCUGGUGGAGAUGGGGACGCCGUCCGACCUGCUGACCGACCCCGGCUCCGCCUUCAGCGCGCUGUUUCGGCAGCAGCAGCAGCAGCAGGAGGAGGAGUGAGCAGCAGCAGAGCUGAUCAGGGCUGAGAAGCUGCCGAAGCGUUAGAGCUGAGCAGCAGCAACAGCAGCAGGGGACGCUGGCGGGAAUGUGUACCGGCAGGGUCCGGUGGCGUUGAAGAGCAGCAGGUUUCAGCAAGCAGUGGAGGUCGGACAGAACGUAUUGCCAGAUCACUCACCGUUGAUGAAGGACGCCACUGGGGUGGCACGCAGCGCUUUCUCUGUUACCAAAUAGAGGGCGACGUGUUUCCUCAGGGAAAUAUUGUGAAGCGCCCGCCGCCAGAUGUGGUAUGAGAGAUCAAUACACUCCGGCGUGGUAGCUGCGACAUCGCGCAGUGGCCAUGGAUGCAUGUUUAAAGGGCACUCGUGUGGGCGUGGUAGGCACCACGGUAUUUUUAUACGAAACGGGUUUGAUGACGCAAGAACGUAACCCUCAUUUCUUUUUUAUGUUACCUGCCUUCUUUAUUCUUGCAUUUAUAUAUACCCUGCGCUAGCUGAGAUAUCUGCGAAUCUUGGUCUCCCGGCAUUGAUGCCUUUACGUGUAAUCUGAGGGCUUUGAUCAGUUAAUCUUACCGUUUCACCUCUCCCACGUGCUCAACAUUAAGCUAGUGUCACAUUUGCAUGCGGUGGAAAGCGACACUUCAUGCAAAGUGUACGGUGCUGGCAAUGUCACGUGUUCCAAUGCAGAUGUAAAGACAUGCGAUCAUGACUGAGCAGAAUAUGUUAUAAGAAAUACACUAGUAUGUGA